GGACGAGAGUGCAGCUUGGCCGCCCUCAGUGUGGUGUUGCCCCUCGAGCGGGAAGGAAGGAAGGAAGGAAGGAAGGAACUUGAGGAGGACCUUCGAACUACAGUGUGCGUGGUGUCGUUAAGAGUAUCGAUAUAUAGAGAUAAAGGAAGAGACUGGAAAAGAUCUAAAUAUAUAAAUAGUGAGAAGAAAGCGAACAGGAAAGUGUCCAGGAACACCGAGUGGCAGGAAGGCCGCGCCCACAAUGCUGUAAGCAGCGAGACGGCGGCAACAACUUAUCGACUCGAACACCACUGCCGCUGCCAACACUGCCAUCUCCGCCACCACCACCACCACCACCACAACCACCACCACCACCACAACCACAACCACCACCACCAUCAUCAUCAUCAUCACGUACACCUCCACCAGUCUCCGUCCGGAGCCUCCGCCUGCCUCCUAUACCGCCCUCUUGAGGACCUGCGGGGCACGGCCUCGUAGGACCCUUCAGGAACCACCAGGAUGUUGUCGUCCUGCUGGUUCACCACGCCCUUCACCGGCUGCUUCACCACUGCCAUCAAAGGUGGCGUUGGCAGCGGUAUGCAGGAGGGCGGAGACGGCGAGCCACGAGUCCGCGUUAGUCAGUCGGAGGAACGCAGCCGCCGCUUCCUACAACCGUCACACCGCAGUCGUUCCGAGGGGCCCCUAGGCAGAGACCUAGAUGAUGAUAGUUUUCUUGUAUCAGAGUACAAGACCCAGUUCGCCUGGGUCAGGAAGACACCCUCCGCCAGGGGCCCCAGGGCUGCCCCUCUCCUCGAGGCGGAAAAGCCGCCGCCGCAGUCUACAAAGAGCCAGGUGAACGCCAACGGUGUUGCCGGUGGAGCGUCAGGAGCCGCAGGAGGUGCCGCACCCGCUAGUGACCCGAACCCUCCCGCGGAUCAGCAGCUGCCACGUACGCCGCGUAAGUCCAAGUCGAUGGGUCGCAUUCACGGUGGAGGAGCUGGGCCGGAGGUAGGAGGAGAAGGGGCAGCUGGUGGCCCUGAGGCAGCCGGCAGCACUCAGCAGCAGCAGCAGCAGGGUGGCAACCAGGAGGGCCAGCACGACCAGGCACCACCACCACCCCGCACCGACGCUGCCGCACCCACUCAGCACUGGCACCGGGGCCACCGCCGCACACCUUCUGACGGAGUAGCAUGGCGACACUCCAAAGGGCUGGAGGCAGACCGUAUUAUUGGUGGUGAAAUGUUGGGUUCCGGAGAAGAUGAUAAACUUUACAAAAGGGCCUACAAGUCUGAGUAUCGCAAGAAGUUCCGUCCAUUCUCGCAGUACCAGUAUGUGGACGGUAGAUUCCAUAAGGUGAAAGCUGAUGAAGCUACAGCAGCAGCAGGCACUAGUGAGUCACCAAAUAAUUGGUACAAGGAAGUCAUUGAGCUUCGUCGCCAGGCCGGGCAGUAUCGGGCGAGGCACGAUAUUGGUGACGUAUGGCGGACAGUGCAGCACCGGGGUUGGGGUGUAGAGACUGCAUCUGAACGCUUGGCAGAGAUUUACAGUAAGCAGGCAGAACUAUGGGAGCAGGUAUCUCGUCGAUCAUCCCUCCAGGCUCUCUCUCUCGCGUCGGCUUCACCAAGCAGGCCGAUCAGCAAGGCAGAGAAGGAGAUUGAAAACUCACGAAGGUCGUCCCCUAUCAAGCAUGUGAGUAAAUCCUCACGUGAACGUCCCAGCACUGCACCGCCCAAGCCUAAACCUGCUGCUGUGCAUACACAAAAGCCUUCAGACAAGACAGAUGGGAAGACUUCCAAGGAAUCAACACCCCGUCACCACUAUGAGCGAACUACAGGGACUACAGAGGAGGGUCUUUUGAUCACUUCGCCUUCACGUGACAAGCUUGAACCAUUCAUCCCCGAUGAUUGGUCCUCCCGCCGUUCAUCACGAAGGACUCCACCAAUCACAAGCCCGAUGAAAGAUGGCCCCAGCAGACGAAGGUCGAACCGAGCCUCCUCCGCUGCAAGACCACCCCCCACCAAGGACUGUAGGUCCUCUGUAGGAGGUCGGUCCGUCAGUGUGGGUCCUGAAAAUCGGUCCCCCAAACGAACGUCUCGUCCCCCAUCUACCCACGCAACGGCACCCGCAACUAAACCAGAGCGACGUCCUCGACCUACGUCCCUCUCCACUAGUGCUCGUCGCAAGGGUACAGACGCUUUGCCCCACCGCCCCUCCUCCCAUGAUGAGGGUAGAGAGCCUAAGAAAGCCUCUAAAGCUAAGCCUCAUGACCCCACUGCUUCGCCUAAGAAGGGUGAGGACAAGAGCAAAGUGGAGAAAAAACAUAUUAGUGAAGAAACUGACAUCAAGAAGGAUAAAGAAAAGGAAAUCCUCCCCAAAGAUGGACCUAAGGAUAUCUUGAAGGAUAUUGCACCAAAAGAUGGUUCUAAAGAACCUGUGGAAGCUGUUAAGGAAUCAACUGCACGGAAAUCCACCCCCGAACCUCGAUUUGACCCGGAGAAGUAUGAACCUGUGGUAAAAACACCACCCGAACCGACCCGGGUCAAGUCGCCUGAUCAGGUUGGUAAAUGGGUUAUGGUGAAAAGCCCAGACCCAGUGAACUGGACUGUUCCCCUAGACACCGGCAAGACGUUUACCGUGACGCACAACAUCCCCGAAGCCACUCACUGUUUGAGAAUACCAAGAGGUGAAUCAGCACGUGGAACUCCUUCCUCCGAAUACCGCCACGUGUUGGAAUCCCGCACUCGCCAAACACCCGAACCUACCAAGAUAAGCCAGGGAUCCCUCGCUGGCACACCCGUGUCCUCCAUUGCCUCUGAAGCCAAGUCCCAUUCUCAGGAGCAACCUAAGCCUAUCACUGCCACAACUGUAGAUCCUAAGGUUGAUGAUAAAUCUGUUGAAAAGAAACCAGACCCUACUCAUACUCCUGAUACCAAGAUCACCGAGGGAAAGCCCUUAGAAGGUGAUAAGUUUAGUUCUAAGUUAGAUGCCAAAGCUUCUGAAACUAAGCCUUAUGAAAUAAAGAAAGAUACAAAAUUAGCAGAAGUUAAGGAAGAGCCUAAACCAACUACUUUAAAAGAAUUAGAGAAAAAAUCACUAGAAUCGAAGGUGCCAGAAACAAAACCUUUUGAAUCGAAGGUGCCAGAGACAAAACCUUUUGAGUCAAAGGUGCCAGAGAUAAAACCCUUUGAAUCAAAGGUGCCAGAAGCAAAACCUUUUGAAUCAAAGUUGCCAGAAACAAAACCUUUUGAAUCAAAGGUGCCAGAAACAAAACCUUUUGAAUCAAAGGUGCCAGAAGCAAAACCUUUUGAGUCAAAGGUGCCAGAGAUAAAACCCUUUGAAUCAAAGGUGCCAGAAACAAAACCUUUUGAAUCAAAGGUACCGGAGAUAAAACCUUUUGAAUCAAAGGUGCCAGAAACAAAACCUUUUGAAUCAAAGGUACCGGAGAUAAAACCUUUUGAAUCAAAGGUUCCUGAGACUAAACCUUUUGAAUCAAAGAUGCCAGAGAUAAAACCAAAGGAAUCUCUGGUUCCAGAGCCUAAAUCAACUCUAUCAAUGGCACCUGAUACAAAGGCACCUGAAAUGAAAGCUCCUGAGCCCAAAAAGCCAGAGCCAACUGCUGAGCUCAAGAAAUCAGAACCACCUUUUGAUUCUAAGCUAUUCCAGUCACAACCCCUACAACAACAGCAGCAGCAGCAGCAGGGUCCUUCCAGCCCACCUGCACCCACACAAGCUUCUCCUAUGGACAUAGUCCCUCCUUCAGGUGCGGUUGACUCUAUGACAAUGUCCAUGUUUGGCUCCCUCAAUGGCAUGAAUGGCAAGAGUUCAGGCACACCAUCUCCUACCAAGCCUGAAGUGCCCCUUCCAUCUGAGCAAGUUAAGGACGCGAGUGUUCCAGAAUCGAAGCCCGUUGGCGUCCGCAAUGUCCCCGGCACUAAUCUAAGGUGCCUUGAUGAUCCUUCUUUUAUGUUUGACCAGCCCUCUGCACCUACAACCAAUUCUCCUAAAUCAGGUGCAUACAAGGUACUAGAAGCUCCAGUGGAACCUCAGCAGCCCAAGAGUGGAGGUUACCGUGUAUUAGAAGCACCAGAAGCACCUUCAGAUAUCAAGGAUCUUCCUGACCAGUCUCCCACCAAGCCAGAGACCCCAAUCAAACCAUCCCCAUACAGGGUACUUGAAGCACCCAUUGACCCCCCCGCUAGGCCUAAAGGUUCCCCGUAUCGUGUGUUAGAGGCACCCGAUGCCCCUUAUUAUCCUCAGACCCAGAGCGUUGGUGAAGUUCAGGAGUCAAAGCCUCCAUCUCUCGUCUCUCCGUCUUCCGGUAGGACGGUAACUGAUGCACUUGAUAAAGCUCGCACCCGUUUUGAUUCCUUCUGGGGGGGACCAAAAGAUAAAGAUCCUCCAAGCAAAGUCUAGGUGCCCAAAUUCUUUAGCCAUGUUCUAUUACAAUUGAGGUAUUCAUGAAGAUGGAUUGCUCCUUAUCCAAGUACUAAGUUAUCGGCAAUAGUAUCUAUUUUGUGGUGCGUCUUCAUGGGUAUUUUAAAUUCCUAAGGAUGAGCUGUUAGGACAAUUUUAAGCAGAUAUUGAUGAUACAAGUUACUGCCAACAUCGAUGGUCUUGCGUUCAUUGUGAGAUCAUAGAUAACAGCACAUCUGAGGUAUAAUCUAUUGAGAAAACCCACAGGUCGUCAAUUCAGCCAGAUGUUAAUCGCAAUACUCAUACUAUUUUUGUUAGUUGUCAUAGAUGCUAUUUAACUCUUUCCGGACUUUACUCAAGGCUACGCAGUAUAGUAUUUCCUGUGGGUUUUUCUUAUACGAAGCACUUGCUAGUAGGCUAAGAAUGUGAGAUUGUUUAUAAUAUGACCUAUAAGGUACACUUUAGUUUCUAUGUUUAGCUUUUAUUGAAAAUGUGAGAAUGAAAGGCAAGCCAGAGUUAUGAUGUUUGCAGGGAAUGCCAAGUCAGACCAGAGAUUCACACAUCUCCAUGAUUGUUGAAUGUUGUCAUUGUUCAGAUGACCCCUCGCCAUCAUCCUGAUCUGUAACAUUACUACACCCAACAUAGUGUGUUUAGGAGUGUGCCCUUGAGCCAAACUUUGUUAUAUGUAUUAUGAAAGCUUACUGAUUAGACGUUAUCGUAAAUAUUUACAAAUGAACAUUUCCUUUACAUAAAAACUGAAAUGACACAUUGGUUCUGACAGGCAUUGUUUUUGUUUUUACUACAUCAAAUAUAAUUAUUUUGAAGCAUGUCUUUACAAAACGUGUGAAGGAAUUAAAGUGUAAUAUUGUUUGAUAAGUUAUGGUUAGAUACAAAUUUGUAAUUUAUUAAAAAUAUUUGUAAAAAUGUAAAAAAAUAGAAUUCUUACGGUGCUUGAGGCAAACGUAAGAAAACAUAAAAUUAUUUAAAAUUUAAAAACAAUAAUAAUUUAUAUUACAUAUAAAUCUUUGCUCAUCAGCUGAUUUCAGGUACCAUUGGUUAGGAUUCUAUAGUUGAAACAGGGGAUGCUUGAUCAAUAACCUAUGUUAUUUGAGGAUGAUGAGUUACACAUGCAGAGGUGAAUUCAUCCUCUGCUAACAUAUGGAUAAGGCUCGUUUCCUUCUCAUAAAAAUAUAAAUUUUUUUCUAGGAUUAUGUAUAAUACAGUAUGUGAUCACAAGAAGGAACUUCGGUCAAACUUGGCAUUUCAUCCCGGCCUUAAUUCUAAUGCCUAUACGCGAUUCGUUAGGAAUCUUGAGGUAGUAGUCCUCGGAUCUCAUUCAUAAGGCAUCAUAUAGGGAAUCGAUGGUGCGAUAUUUAAAUAAGUUAUAAAUUAAAUCCCAAUUAUCCAGUACAGUAUAUAAUAUUCUGCCAUUGAGUAUCUCAGUUUUUUUAGAGGACUUACAUCAUUUAUUUUUCUCAAAAUAAUACCAAAGAUGAAAAUUACAAAUUUAGUGUUGAAGAAGUGAUACAAGAAUUCAUAAGUUGUUCCCCCCCCUGAAAACUGCCAAUGGUUUGAGCAUAUAGUUUUGAAUGGUAAAGCUGUUUAUAUUGUUAUAAUUAGUAUAGUGUUGGCUAAUCAUUGUACUGGGCUGAUCGGUCUCUGGCAAAGUUCACCAUUACUGUUUAUGUCCCAUGGUGAGGAUUUUAGGCUUUGAAUUUCAUUACAGCUUAUUUUUGUAUUAUUUUGAGGUUUCCUUUUAGUAUUUUUACAAUACAUUCCAUCAACUAUUAAGGAGAAUUUUAUACUUAAGUUAUCAUGAAUAUUUUGUCUUCAGUAAUAAGUAUUUUUAUAUUCUGUUCAGGUCAGCAAUAUUGAUUUUUAGGUUUACUUCUAAACACAGAUAAUUUUACUUGAAAUUAUGAUGAAAGUUGUGACUGUAAAUCUUAAGUGCCAAGAAUUUCAAAAUUGCUGAUCCAAGACAUUAGCUGUGAUUUGAUAAGUCCUGGUUUCCUCUUAAGGUGAAAGGGCUGUCAGCUUUUUUAAAAUCCCAAUGAAGACUCAAAAUUACUCUCCAGGCAUCACAUUUAGUUCCCGUCCUUUACUGUAGCUUCAAGAGAGCAUCUCCACCUUUCAUAUCAAAUAGAGACUUAAGUUGUUGUAGUUGAAAUCCAAAUGACACAGCCCUCAGUGACAUUUAAUUUUACCCACCAAAAUUUUCUUGCUCUUCUCAUUAUGACUCGCUGGAAUAGGGUUUAUCUUCUUAAUUUAUGAGACUCAUAAACCUUAUUAGUCUUCACUAAGGGUCAAAACUGCUGUUGUAGUUCUGACUGUCACCAUGGGGCGUCACUACUCUCCAUCACAGAUGCCGUUAAUGCUUCUAGUCAAAAUUUCUCGCAUAAGUUUACAGGUGUCGGCGUCAGAUACUGCUUACCCCCAAACUCAUUAAUGGUGACUUUCUUAGCAUCAAGACAUAUAUAAUAAAUUAGGACAUGAAUUGUCUGACCUGAUAUGACUGGGGAAAUACACAGAUUGGAGUGUUGUGAUUCUUUGAAUAGCAAUGAAGGAAAUGAAGCAACCAGUUAUUAUUGUUAAUUUGGAUGCAGAAUGUGCUUCAUGUUUCUCUAUAGCCUUUUUGUAUAAAUUAAAAACUGUUUAUUCUUUGGUUAAAUAUUUACUGAAUGUCAUAUAAGGUUUGAGAAUUGGUCUCCACGUCAUAGAGUUGAGAGGUGAGCAUCAUCUUGACUGGACCCCUAAGUUGUGAAUCUGACCUUGCUGUAUGUACCCAUAGCACAGACCUUACAUUAAAUGUACAGCUUC